AUGCUUCGAGAUAUUCAGCUGAAAUUACUUUUUCAAAGACCAUCGAACUUGAAAAAGGUGGGCUUCAGACUCACACUGAGUAGUGAUGAGAGUGUUGCCACAGUGCGCAUUCCAGGGCUAUGCCAAGAAGCUGAUGGAUAUCGUUACUUAUAUGGGAUAUUUCGCAUUUUUCAAACAUCUCGACAAAUCCGGCCAUUCAUUCUGCGAUUUCUCAAAACUGUUGCGAGGUUCACUCUCAUUCGUGGUGUCGUCGAGAUAGAGAGAGCCAUGUACGACGAAACGGUACCAAAAAUGCCCCUCGAGGGUAAGCUCCAACUUGGUUAUGUUGGGAAAUCCUCUAUAAAUACCAUCGGGACACUAAUCGUGCCCUCUACCGGGCAGAAACUUUUACAAGCCAUCAUUCAGUUUGUUUGCGUCAACACUACCAGCAGACGACCUGUCCCACAUCCCGAUUGGUGCAGAGGAAAAUACGCUAAUGUCGCCGUUGGAAACGAAUCACUGAAAGUUCAAAGAACUCCCAGACCAGCUGAUACCCAUGUGUUUAAGGUGUCUGUUUGUUGGUCAGAUACGGAUAACUAUAAUCACAUCAACUGGACGACGUAUGUUAGUUAUUGUGUUAAUUAUGCUAUACACGAUGGCAUAAGGAAGGCUUUCUUUAAGAACGUCAAUAAAGAUGUCGUGAAAAGAGGUUUACGGAAAAUCAGUGUAGGGAUUGGUGGAGAAAAUCGUGAAGGGAAUAAGUUGACAGUUCACAGCUGGGAGAGCGCAGAAGACAACACAACGGUUUGCUGCGAAAUAGAAAAUGCCGCUGGAAAUGUUGUAUCGGUGGCCAAGUUGCGUUAUCCAAGUCCUCUAGCAAAAGAUUAAAACACAGAGCGGUUAUGGCCAGGCCUGGUGCUUCUAA